CCAAAAGCAGGCCACUUUCCAAAAGCGGGCGCCAUGUCACCCUGAGCCAGUCUUGGGAGCCGCGGUGGUUGGUCAGCUGGUAGAUGAUGGAGUGUGCCAUUUGCUAUGAGCAAUGUGAACCCUUGUCCAUGCCAUGCUGCGGAAAGGAAGGGGCAACCGUGGCGUAUUGUCGACCAUGUUUGGAGGUCAUUUGCCAGCUCGGCGGUGGAGUGGGCCGUUGCCCCACGUGCCGGCAGUGCCUUCGGAUGGAUGCUUGCCGGCAGUGCCUUCGGCGCCGGUGGACGCAUCCAAGGAUGUGCCAGGGCCAUGUCUUCACUCUCAAGGGUUCGCAGGACGAUGGAGUGCCGUCCAUCACCGAGAAUCGCGGCCAGUGCCAGAUGUGCCGGCAGAUGCACAUCCUGGUCGACCAAGGCAUGUGUGAAGCCUGCAAUCUUGGGCGCCGAUAUGUCUUUCGCUAUGAAUGCCAGCGCUGCCACCGGCUGCAGCGCAUCCCACAUCCCAUGUGGCGCUAUCAGGCCACGCCGACGGACUUUUCGAGCUCUACCUGGGCUUGCCACCAGGGCUGUGGUGACUACACCACUUGGCGCUUGGCACCCGAGGAUGUGGGCCAGGUGCCCGACAUGGAAUGUCCCGAGUCCUGGGGACGCCGAGAAGAAUGGCUGGAGCAAGUGCGACGGCUGAGGCAUUCGGGACAGCGCCCUGAGACUUCACCACGCUGUGUGGUCAGCUAAGACGAGGAUUGCACCACAGACCCUGCAAUCGGUCUUGCUUGCUGAAGGCCGAGGCCUUAGCAGCAGAUGCACUUUUUCGGCGGCCCAACGCACAGUCUGCCGAA